AUGCUUUUACAAGGUUUUAUGGCGUGCCUGAUCGCCCCUACUUUCCUUGGAUUGGGAGUUUUACCUGUAUCAGCUUUGACGAGUUUUGAAUAUCUCCAAAUCACAAAGUAUUUCGCAGAUGCAUUUAUGCCUUCUGGCUCGACUGACUUGAUCGCCGAUGUCAAUAACAAGAAAGCUGUAUUCGCCGAAGACGUGAAAGGCAGUAUUGAUAUUAUUGGAAAUAUUGAUGGUCGAGACUAUACCGCGAAUUUCCUGCUCGGACUUUUCCUUGGCGCAGCGCAACAUCCUUCUUUACCAUCUCCUAUCGGAAUACCAGUGUCUUACAAUGUCACCGCUGCCGCGGUUGAGCAUAAUACUGUAUCCGCAGGUAUCAGAUUUGAGCUUGAAUAUCCGAUUCUGAAUACUACAUACCCUCUUGAACUUGAGAUCUUUAUUACCAUCAAUGAGCAGAAAGAAAUCUCACAAUAUGAUAUCUCGUUUAAGCGAUGGGCAUGGGCUACGGACACAAUCGUCCCCUUGUUGACACCUUACAUGGCUCAAACGUUGGGGAUGUCAAAUGAGAAUUCAACGGUUACUCUCCAUCAAUUCCUUGCAUUCGCAUCCUGUUCCCAAGCAAUGACUUACUGUAAUGCAUCAAACGCUCAAUUCGAGAACAUGUCAACGUGUCUUGCAAGUACCGCUGCGAUCCCUACCGGCGAAUUUUACAGGGUUGGGGAGAAUAAUCUCGCUUGCAGAGCAAUUCAUGCGUCUUUGCUUCAACUGAACCCUGACACGUAUUGCUCCGCCAUGAGUGCUUCUGCAAGUGAUUGGUGUGUUGACAGGGAUUAUACCGACACCGUUCGGGAGGACCACUUCGAUGAAGGCUUUUUGGCUCCUAAAUACAUCACACCCGAAAACAAAAAGCUUGUACAAGACAUUUGGGCCUCAAGUAUAAAUAGCAAGCUUGACCCUCUUCUUGAGAUCUCAAUGAGCACGCAGAAUAUUCACUCUUGGGACGCUACUUUUUACGCCACCCUCACUUUCGUCUACUUCAUCUUCUACUACUUCUUUGCCAAAGUAACAGAUCUGCUGUUUGCACGCUUCAACAGAGCGUACAAGGACUUACCUCGCGAGUUGCAGAAAAAUGUGACCAUGUAUUUGUUGACAAUAGUAUUCACUACAAUCGCUCUAGCUCUCCAGCUGGUCGGUUCUCCUGGGUUCAAAGGAGAAUGGCACUAUUGUGAAACCAGAUGCACUCGACUUGCUGCUGUACUUACAGUGGCUCUAUACAUCUUCGAGCUGAUUUUCAGGUUCAACAUGCGUCUUCCUCUUAUCGCACAUCAUAUCCUCACUAUUUUUGCCGUUUCUCUCGCGGUUACCGCGGUCGAGUACACCCAACAUCCGGGAUAUAUGCUCAGUGGAAUCAUUUGGUUGUUUCAAGCGACAACCGAGCAGCCCACAUUUGUUGGCUUGAUGGGGUACAGACUGAAAUGGCGAAGAGAGACUGUCGCCACGAUCCUCAAAAUAUCUUCAAUUCAGACCUUUGUUUUCAAGGCGGCAAGUGCUCUGGCCCUGUUAGUGUAUUGGGGCCUUCACCAAAACGUACAUUACAACUCGAUUGAUCUUGUAUGGUCGAUCUUCGUUUGGAUCAUCGCCAUUGGAUUAUUCAUGACCCAAAUCUGGGGUUCAUACGUGACGUAUAUCAUCGGAGUGAACAUCCUCAAAAAGAGGAGACCGAGUCAUCCAAUCCGACUAGAAUCCACUGAUUCUUCAACCUUCGACCUGGAGAAGGCUCAACCCGUAAGAUCGGAACAGAGUAGUAAAGCCUCCACUCCAUCUGAUAUGGUGCCCCUCGGCUAUGUGACCUCAGCCACUCAAAACAUCAAUAUAAGCAUGAGCACGUUCAGCUCGUCGAUCGGUCUAAUUCCCACUGAGCAACAGACAGUCAGAUACGAGUAG